AUGGCUUCUCUGAAGAGGUUUCAGACACUCGUGCCGCUGGAUCACAAACAAGGUACCUUAUUUGAAAUUAUUGGAGAGCCCAAGUUGCCCAAGUGGUUCCGUGUCGAGUGCCUGGAAGAUCCAAAAAGACUGUACGUGGAACCUCGGCUACUGGAAAUCAUGUUUGGUAAGGAUGGAGAGCACAUCCCGCAUCUUGAAUCUAUGUUGCACACCCUGAUACAUGUGAACGUGUGGGGCCCUGAAAGGCAAGCUGAGAUUUGGAUAUUCGGACCGCCGCCUUUCCGAAGGGACGUUGAUCGGAUGCUUACUGAUCUGGCUCACUAUUGCCGCAUGAAACUGAUGGAAAUAGAGGCUCUGGAGGCUGGAGUUGAGCGUCGUCGUCUUAAGGCUGCCACCCAGCCCGCUUCCGUGAAGGUCCCCGAGACGUCCACCCAGCCCGCUCCGGUGCAGGAGGUCCGCGAGGCUGCCCCCCAGCCGGCUCCGGUGCAGGAGGUCCGCGAGGCUGCCCCCCAGCCGGCUCCGGUGCAGGAGGAGGUCCGCGAGGCUGCCCCCGAGCAGGCUCCCGUGCAGGAGGUCCGCGAGGCUGCCCCCGAGCAGGCUCCGGGGAAGGUCCGCGAGGCGGCCACCCGGCCGGCUCCCGGGAAGGUCCGCAAGGCGGCCACCCAGCCGGCUCCUGUGCAGGUUUGCGAGGCGGCCACCCAGUUGGCUCCCGUGAAGGUCCACGAGGCGGCCACCCAGCCGGCUUCCGGGAAGGUCCGCGAGGCGGCCACCCAGUUGGCUCCUGUGAAGGUCCACGAGGCGGCCACCCAGCCGGCUCCAGGGAAGGUCAGCGAUGCUGCCACGCAGUCGGCUUCGGUGCAGGUUCGUGAGGCUGCCACGCAGUUGUCUCCCGUGGAGGCCACUGAUACUACCCAGUUGGCUCAGGUGAAGGCUGGUGAAGCCUUUGCCCAGCACACUUCAGGGGAGGCCCACCAGGUUGCCAAUGGGCAGUCUCCCAUUGAAGUCUGUGAGGCUGCCACCGGGCAGCAUUCUCUAGAUGUCUCUAGGGCUUUGUCCCAGAAGUGUCCUGAGGUUUUUGAGUGGGAGACCCAGAGUUGUUUGGAUGGCAGCUAUGUCAUAGUUCAGCCUCCAAGGGAUGCCUGGGAAUCAUUUAUCAUAUUAUAA